CCAAAAGUACAAAAAAUUUUCAAACAAAAAACCAGAAGCCAUAGAAAAAAGCUUUGCUGAAAAAUCGAAUCACAAAACUAGAAAUGUCGCUUUUCGAAAAUCCUGAAAGCAUACGCAUGCUGCGCGAUUUGCUUACACCCCCCGAGRAGCRAGACAAUUCGGACACCGACGACGAUGAGCCGGUCGCCGRCAACAGCAAGCAGUGCAACAAUUUCACGCCCGCACAUUUUGGCAGCAGCAACGGCAAUGCAGGUGGCAGCAAACAAAAACAAGCGCACCGAGGGCAAACACCCGAACGCAGCACGUUGCCAACAAGCAUCGAAGAAUGGCAAAAGCAGCAGGAGCAGGAGGACAAUGAGAUUUUAGAGACGCGCCGGCGACCCGAGUACAGCAUGACCUAUCGGCAAGCAGUGGGCACUCAGGACCUCUAUCUGCAGAUGGGCAAUCGCACUAAUGCCACGGCCAGUUGUGAGGAUUUGCUGCUGGAGAUACUGCUGCCGGACGAGACGACACCGGCGGAUAAAAUGGAUUUGUCAAUUACCGAAGAUGAAGUGGAUUUGGCGACGCCAAUUUAUCGCCUCAAAUUGCCACUGCCGCACAAGGUGAACGUGGACCGUUGCCGUGCCAAAUAUGUGGCCGAGCUGCGCAAACUCUGUCUGACGUUGCGACUGCAACGUGAAUUCGAUUAUGUGAACUUUUAGUAAGGCCAAGCGCUAAGCUGCUCAACGCUCGAUAGUCGCUGCACUAAAACAACAACAGCGGCAAUAACAACAACAACAAUGGAAAAAUGUUAGGUAAAACUAGCAAUGCACUGCAGUGGAUUUGUUCUUCGCUCUAUUUUGUAUGUAAUAAAUUUUAUUGAGCAGCUAA